GAAGCUGAUUUUGAAGGUCUCAAUAAUACGCUGAGUCGGAUAACAUUUGAUGUUAACACUACCAACGAUAUCGAUAAACUUUGGUCUUGCUGGAAAAAGUCGUUCCUUGACGCAGUAAAUAACCACAUCCCAACUAAAACAAUAAAGGAUACCAACUCUCUUCCUUGGGUAGAUAAAGAAGUUCGUCAUCUCAUUCGAAAGAAAUACUCAGCAUUAAAAAGAUACCGCCAAAACAAGUGUGAAACGAGAAAACAAAAGCUAAGAGGCUUAAGUGACGCCGUCAAGUCGCUAAUUAAAAAGAAGCAUAGGGAAUAUCUAAGGAAAAUCGAAACAUCAUUUGCAACUAAUCCAAAACUUUUCUGGACUUACCACAAAGCAAUUUUGCAUAGCAGAUCAAAACAGACUUCUGACAUUGUCUUCAACGGCAUUACAGCAAAGUCUUCUGCAGAAAAAGCCGAGCUUCUGAAUUCUUACUUCUCCUCAGUAUUUACAACAUCCAGUACUGACAUUGGGGAUUGUGAUGGUGAGGCGUCUGAAACUGAGUCGGGAUUGGGUGAAUUAACAGUUGAUGUGGCUGAAGUGGAAAAUUACCUCAGAAAUUUAGACAUCACCAAAGCGAGUGGCCCUGACAAGAUACCAGCACGUCUACUAAAAGAAUGUGGUCGGCACAUUGCGCCUAGUAACUGUGAAUUAUUUAACGUAUCCUUGCGUGUUGGACGACUUCCGGUAGAGUGGAAAUCAGCGAACGUGACACCAGUUCACAAGAAACAUCUGAAAGAACCAGCGGAGAACUACCGACCGAUAUCCCUUUUGCCUAUCAUUGCAAAACUAUUGGAACGUUGCGUAUGUAGGCGGCUAUACGAACACGUAAUUAGCGCUAUCUCCUUAGGACAACACGGUUUCCUACGCAAUCGAUCAUGCACUACACAACUGCUGCAAGUUUUACAUAAGAUUGGAGAAAACCUUGACAGUAAUAUUCAAACAGACAUUGUCUACUUGGAUUUUGCCAAAGCUUUUGACUCUGUCGAUCACGGUUUAAUCUUGGCAAAACUCAGGCAAUUCGGUGUACAUUCAAACAUGCUAAAUUGGUUCAUUAACUACUUAACUGGUCGGACCCAAAGAGUUGUCGUUGAUGGUGUUGCUUCAGGUUGGUCCUCAGUAACAUCUGGUGUACCACAAGGUAGCAUACUUGGUCCAAUGUUGUUUGUAUUAUUCAUCAAUGAUUUACCCGACAUCAUUCCCGAUAAAUCAGAAACUGCUUUGUACGCUGACGACACAAAAACAUUCAGGAAAAUUACUUGCGAAGAUGAUGCUCGCCAAUUACAACAAACCCUGACAAACCUAGCCACCUGGAGCAACACCAACAAUAUGAGGUUCAACGAGUUAAAAUGUAAAGUGUUGACUGUGUCGCGAAAGAAACAACCUGUGGACUUCACAUACCGACUGGGCUCAACCACUCUUACUCAUGUUGAAAAAGAGAAAGAUCUUGGGGUUACAAUGACUGGAAAGCUUUCAUGGGAUUCUCAUAUCCAUGAGAUCACAGCUAAAGCCAACAAGCUGCUCGGUCUAUUGAAGAGAACAUGCCCUUUCCUGACUGACGUCAGCGUCCGACGUACUUUGUACCUUUCGUUGGUAAAAUCCAAUCUAUGUUAUGCCUGUGAAGUUUGGUCCCCAUACAUCUGCUGACAGAAGACAAAGAUAGAGCGUGUGCAGAGACGAGCCACUAGAUGGAUAUUGAAAGCUAGAAAGGGUGAUUCCAGCUACAAUGAGCGUCUCGUUGAUCUGAACUUACUACCUUUGUGUUAUGAUAGAGAGAUAAAAGAUCUAAUGUUCUUCUACAAGACUCUUUAUGGUAUUUCCGAUCUCAAUGUUCAUGACUAUGUCUCGUUUGUAACCCAUAACCACUCCCGUCUAUGUCGUAAUCCCAACAUGUUGCUCAAGACUCCAUUGUGUAAAACCACAACAUAUCAGAACUCAUAUUUCAACCGGAUCGUGAAAUUAUGGAACAGUGUUUGUAAAGUAGCUUCACCAAAUACAUUUUCUAGUGUCAAAACAUUUAAAUACUACCUCUUUAAUUAUUAUUCUAUGUUAGUAUCGACCGUAUUCGAUGUAAACUUGUUAUGUACUUGGUCUAUGUCACGUGACUGUUCCUGUCAUAGGAGUUAAUUGUCUUGUUGUAUAAACUUGUUAUUAGUAUUUACAUAGUAAACUAUAUUUUACAUGUAUUCUGUUGGAAAGGUGCCUUGCAUGGAUAGCGCAAAUUAUUUACGUUCCGUUCGCACCUCUUCCAUUUGGGUAAUAUUCGUUCUUUGCAUGCAUAGUAUUAGUACGUCUUUUGUAAAUAAUUAUUAUAUUUACCCAAUAAAGUAUUUAAACAAAUUUCCAAUCACGUGACUAUACUUAAAUUAACUUGCGCGCGCAAAUAACUUAUUUCGCAUAAUUGAUUUCAACUAUAAAUUAUUCUGGGAAGCAAUAAAAACUUUUAUCGCUGUGGCAUUAAGUUCCUAUAUGUCUUUACUUCGAUCUUUAUUCCUGCAUAGACAUGAAAAGUUGCCCAUGUUGCUACGGCAACUGCUUAUAAUAAUAUCCCUAUUAUAAUAUCCCGCGGUCAAAUUUGACAGUUGGCCUUUCUAACUUGGUGGAGUCAAUCCAGAAAAGAGCCUUACUGACAGUGGCGUAACCAGCCCGACAAUUUAUUCCUGUUAUGCAAAUUCAAAAUUAUUAUCAUUCAUUUCUUUAGAAAUUGAUUGUUUUCACAUCAAUAAACACGAAAAUAUUUGCAUAGUGGGACUAAAUCGUCUGGUUGUCUACGCUACUGUGUGCUUACGGAUAAUAUAUCCCUUUUUGUCCUUUACGGAUAAUAUAUCCCUUUUUGUCCUUUACGGAUGAUAUAUCCCUUUUUGUCCUUUAUGGAUAAUAUAUCCCUUUUUGUCCUUUAUGGAUAAUAUAUCCCUUUUUUCCUCCUCAUCCACACUACUUCCGCCGCACUCCAUCGCAAAAAUCGGGGUCGAAAACUACCUACUAUGCUACUGAUAUAUUCGACUGGCUCGAUAGUCUAUGGCGUUUAUGCUUCGUUUCCCGAUCUUUCUGGGUUAUAGCCACAUGCCAGAAUAGUGGCAGAAACUUUUCUCUGUCACAAUGAUCACAAAGCCGAAAGUCGUGGGUUUUCUCCGGGUACUCCGUGUUUCCUCCCACAGGGAAAGUUGACAGGGUGGGUUAGGCACAUAGGUCAGGGCGCAGAUCAUUAAUGAGAUAUGGAUUAAUAGCGGCUGCUUAAAGCGCCAUUUGAGCUCACAGUCUACCUCGGUGUGCUUCACGCCAGUUCCGGCUCUAAUGUAACCAGUCACUGAAAAACCCUGACAUAGGGGAGUGUGCUGAGUAAUAUAUGUAUGUAUGUAUGUAUGUAUAUGGUAAUCUGGAGAGGUUUACCCCUCUUUGAGGUCACCAAAACUCCAGUUAGUUAGGUCAAAAAUAGAAAAGAAGAUGCUGUUUUAGAUAGUAUCUCUAAACCCGAGCAAGAUAGAAAAAAAUUGUAAAAGGUCUUCAUUUUUAAAUUUCUCCCAAAUAAGGGAGUAAUUUUUUUAUUAUUGAAUAAUUUUUUUUUGAAUAAUUGCCAGAUGAUCUUGAUACGCGGAAAAGUACUGGCACUAGUUGUCAAAUAGAAAUCUAUUUUAUGAUUAAAACAACUGAAAAUCUUCUGUAAUAUACUUUAUUUCGAUUCCAUAUUUUUGUCAGAGCUAUAGUUCUCAUAACUAAACAUAAUUACAAAAUUUCAACUAGUUUCAUAAAGAAUAACGAAAGAUAUAAUUGACUGAAUACAUCAAAAUGGAUUUGUAUUCGGACAACCCUUUCUGAGCGCUGAUUGGCUAAAAUACGAACACGAGAUCACCUGGUGAGGGGAGGAAUUUUUGGUGUCAUUUUGUAAUUGAAACAAUUUCGACUUCUAUUUUAUAGACAAGCGACGUUGCAAGGUAUUCUCCUGGCUGGAUGCUUUCUCUUUAUCUCAAGGUCCAAGGUAAGUAGAAGAUUUUGAGAUCUACUAUUCCGUCAAAAGAUCUACAAUUCCUUUAUCUCACUGAGAGCCAGUUUGCAGAGUUCUCCUUACCAGGCGGUAACCGCUAAAAUUUACCGUUUCCUGCACGAACACUAUAAUUACCGCCUGGAGAAGCCGAGAGAGUGGGUAAAUUUGUUAACAAAUAAUUAGUUUUAUGUUGUGCAAAAAUUGUAUAUACAGGAUUGUGUGGAAAUGAAUACAGAAAUGUCCUAUAAACCCGAUUGAUAAACAAUUUUUGGCAGGAAAUGCCAUUUCACAGACUUCAUGCAUAUUACACAUUUUCCUGAGGGGGUUGUAUGUCCCUACCCCCUCCUAGACGUUUGUCGCGCCUGUGACGCUUACCUGUUUAAAAACCUGUUUUACCUGUCCCGCUCACAACUGUGAAGAACGGGAACCUUGCUGUUCAAGGUUGAUAUGUCGGACAUUUGAAACUCGUAAGCUUCAUGUUUUCAGGCCAACGGCCCUGCGAUUUCAGUUGCAGGUAUUUCCCUUAUGUAGCCCUACACGAAAUAUAUUAAGGGAGUUUGGCAUAUACAUCUAGUACGCCGUUGUUGUUCAAGCUGCUGCGGUAUUUACAUCAUUUUCACGGCUCAUAGCUACGCCCAACCUCGUCCCCAGGGCCUUUGUGCUGACUUAGUCAGCACAAAGGCCCUAGGGACGAGGUUGAGCUACGCCAACAGUUGAAACGUGAGAAAUCAUGUGAUCUGUUUUAAAUAUGUGACUUCGCUGACCCAUUGCUACUUAACGUCUUGAGGGUUGUUUGUAAAUAUUGCAUGCAAAAAUGUAAGUAAUUGCUGUGCCGUUGCCGUUCUUGGUUGCCAAACUUUCUAUAUAUUAUGUAUGAGGCUUCGCUGGCGUAGCCAUUGCAAGCGCCAAAUGUCGUUGGUUUUCCUCCCGCAGGGAAGGUUGACAGGAUGGGUCAGGAUAAACGCUGCAGUAAGAAAGAGAUAUCACAAUUGUUGUGAACAUAAAAUAGAAUAUUUUGGUAAAAGAAGAAUAUAAUAUUUGGUAAUAUAAGAUAAAAUAUUUGGCUUCAGGAAAAAGAUAGGCAGUUUAUCUGAAGGUAGCGUUCCAGUUACAUUAAUUUCAAUGUUUCGUGUAGGCUUACAUAGUGUAGGCACUCCCGUGUAGCGCUCUCAUGACUGAGCUACAGAAGCCAGCUACAGAGGCUUAGUCAUUUGCAAUUCACAUAUGCUUGCCAACAUUUUUGUCUGAUUCUAUAGCCUUUAAAGACGCUGUCUAAAGAAAGACCAUUGCCGAACAUAUUCAACGUCUACACAGUCCUGACAGUAUUCUGUCAAUUUGCUGUUCAUUUCUACUCGCUAUAUUUUUUAACGAAACAAGCCAAGCGCUGGACGCCGGGAAGGUUGGUGCAAUUACUGUAAUGGUCAGUUCACAAUUCAACAGACUUAAAAAAAGGGGUUAAUGUUCCUUGGAUCCAUUUUUCAAAUGUUUCUCAAAACUGUGUAAAAACAAUUUGACCGCACAUUGCGGUGAACAUUUGACCGCAAAUUAUUUUCGUAAUAAUUUGCGGUCGUAUUACCGUAAACUAAUUGUUUAUGAUCGUUGGACCGUUGAGGUAUAUUGAUGAUUGGUGUACUGUACUGUACUGUACUGUACUGUACUGUACUGUACUGUACUGUACUGUACUGUACUGUACUGUACUGUACAAGCGUUCUUUCGAGUCUUAUCAAUAAUUAAUUCGAUUAUGUCCGACCAUAACAAGCGUUGGUCCGACAUAUUUUCAACGAAAUGUUCAAAAUGAACUCUACAGAUGUGUGAUUAUGUGCGUUCGGCUACUAUUUCAAAUAACAAAUUGACUGACAACAUUUUAAGCAUCUACUACACAGCCAGAAAUCUCGCAGGCCUGUCGCAAGUUGUUGAUUUUACCGCAAAUGGCCGCUUGCGCAGGAAACAAUGGAGAUGGACUUCUGUAUAGUAUUCUGUGCUAUAAGUAGUGAAUGGCUAAAUUUGACUUUGACGUGCAUGAAACUAAUCCAAGAUGGCGUACAGUUCAUUGUCCUCAUUCAAAAUAUUUUCUAGAAUCAACCAGGAUAAAGAUAUCAAAAAUAGUAAAUAAAACUGCGAUACAGAAUACAAGUGUUAAUUAUCUAACAGUUAUUCUGCGAACUCAAGUCGUAUAUGAGUUGAUAGUGAUGCAACUACCUGAGUAGGACUCCUUGCAUUUUUCAGGUAGUUGCAUCCAGUGACGUAGCCAGCCUGACUAUUUUCUCCUGCCAUGCAAAUAUAUCUGUGUUCAUAGACUGUAAAAACAAUGAUUUUCUAAAGAAAUGAAUAAUGUUAAUGCUUUGAAAUUUACAUAGCAGGAGUAAAUUUUCAGGCUGGCUACGCUACUGUUUGCAUCAAUCCGAAAUUUUUUUAAUGUGUAAUAAUACUUUUUUAUUGAUAUCUUAGAACAGAGAAUUACGUUGAUCUCGAUUCCAAAUUUGAAGCAAGUAUUAUAAAUAGCACAGUAUAUCUCAUCUCAAUGGCGAUGCAGCUCUCCACAUUUGCCGUCAAUUAUAAGGUAAGGUCGGUGUUUUGUUUUAAUUGAAAUGAACAUGCAGAUGAUCGCUUUAUAUAUUUGGUGUGUGAGUUUUAACGUCUGUUAGUUUGUUGGGAUAAUAAACCUUGGUAUAUAGUUUUUCAAAAAUAGUAUGUCUUCGCGCUUGCGGUGCACUUGUUUAAGGGCCUGUUUAUAUGAUCCCGCCUAGACGGGACGUUUUCAUCCCGCCUAGACGGGAAACUCGCCUAGUGUUUAUAUGGACAAAAUUCACUACCGGGAUGAAGUCAUUUAAGUGCUUGACGUCAUAUUUUUGUUGCAAUAAAGGCAUUUACGCAUGCUCAAAAGGGAAAAGUUCAUCCCGCCUAGCCGGGAUGAAGUGUUUAUAUGGGAAUUUUUCGUCCCGGCUAGGCGGGAUGAAGUGUUUAUAUGGGAAUUUUUCAUCUCGUUUAGGCGGGAUCCCAGCAUCUGUUGCCGAGAUCCCGUCUAGGCGGGAUAAGUGACGGGAUCAUAUUAACACUCUUUAGAAUUUGUAUUACGAGCGGGAUCUCGGUAAGCAUCCCGUCCCGCCUGGCCGGGAUCAUAUGAACAGGCCCUAAGUCGCCUUUGCGCAUACUGCAUACUCUUUCUUUGUCUUAAAGUUAUACGUUCUCAGUCGAGACCCCACAACAUAAGGGACCGGUCAUUAUUUAUGGUUGGGGGGGGGGGGUGGGGUGACACCGAAGAGAAAUGUUUUUCGUGGCACAAAUUUUGCUGACCCAACCAUUAAAAAGUCAAAAAUUUGAUUACCCAACCUCAAAUAUCAAUUAAAAAAUAAAUACCCACCCCCUGGCCAAAAACUUUACAAAAGAAUACCAUUCUGUUGUCACACAAGUUCUUUACCACUUCUGUGGCAUGAGUGUGAUAACAGCUUUCUGCAGUCUAAAGUUUCAUAUUGUCUGCAGUCUGCACAUCUAGUUUCCUUGGAGACACCAUUUGUCUCCUGACAAAUCGGAAAAUGAUCAAGAUAGUGACUGAUUAAGUCAGAUACAUGUAUUGUAUUUACAUAUGACUGUUGACAUUGCUUUUUAGUAUCCAAUAUUUCAGUGAGUUAUGUUUUAGAAAUGACACUAAAUUUUUAUUACCCAACCCCUUGAGUUGUUUUGUUUUUCAUUUACCCAACCUUUUACUUACUCAAAAUUUUGUUUAUCCAACACUUUUCUCUUCGGUGCCACCCCCCGCCUUAAAUAAUGACCGGUCCCUAAAGGGAAAUAAUAUGUUUAUUGAACACCAGGACUUAGUAUGGGUUUAGGCAUAUUUCGAUAACCAAUAGCUUGACGGAUAUUUCCUAGUGGUGAAAGGUGCUUGGGUAUAAAAUGACCAAACCUUAAGCUUGCUGAAUUUAGUAAGAUGAUACCCCCCACCGCAGUAUGACUUCAAGAAGCAAGAAUCCACUUAUCGGUUACAUUGUUCUUUACUCUUACGAAAAUCCGUACGUUUUCUCGUUUAUAGAUAGCGUAUGUAAGGAAUCGCCAUUGCAUUCCUUCAAAUUGGAUUAAAAAACACAAUAUCCGUAUAGCUGUUUAAACAGCGAUAGUUACAUGUACGCGCUGCGUACCUAUUUUUAUCUAUGUAAAUGCAUUGUUUUGGCACAGGCAGGUUAAGUCACGCAAGGGAAACGCAGAAAAGCUUAAACUAUAUUUAUUUCGAAGAUCGCUUAGGUGAAAAUCGCGUUAUAAUCACCUCAACGGCAACCAAUCAGCGGGGAGAAUUUUCAAUAAUCACCUAUGUAAUUAUACAUAAAGGCAAAAACAACUCUUCCUUCAAGUGAACAAUAAACAGUCUGUUCUUGUUCCGUUUUUAAUCGAAAAAAGUGAUCAGAUCCAAUUUUAAGCUUAUCGAGAGCCUUUGUGAUGAAUCACUGAUCGAAUUAUAUAUCCAACAGCAAACAGCCAAUCAGAAUACUGCGUUUGUGUGCGAACACGACAAAUACAGAAUACUUCCUUGCAGGCCCACUAUUCUUUCCUCGGUGGGCCUGCAAGCGGGCUAGUUUUGCCGGGAAGCUCGCCGCAUGAGUGGGAUGAAUUAUUUGUGUUCAUGUGACUGUUCAAUCCCAUCUAAUAUCCCGAUUCGGUGUGACGACAUUAUCUAGUUAUAGCGUUUUUAAAGUUGUACUGUGUAAAUCAAGUACUGUAACCAUGGAUAAUAAAAUACAUGGAUAGGAAACUAGCUGACGUGACCUAAUGUUUUCAAUGGGACACUGACGUCGAAACCUGUAGUUGCAAACCAAAUUCUCAAAAACGGCAUGUUUAGCGAUAAUACAGCUAAACAUUUUAGUGAAAGAGCAAAUAAAUAUAACUAGGCCAUUCUACGAUGAAUUCUCUAAGUAUUCCCGGUCAAUUUUAGCAAUUAUUUCAAGCACUAAACAGUGAAAAAUGCAUCGCAAAUUUCGUUAAAAUUGGCGACGCCAAUUUCGUAGCUACAAAUGUAAAAAAGUACAAAACAAAGACGAAAAACAUUUACCUUGAAUACUUUGUCGUGGCUUAGGCAUGCUUUUAAAACAAUUAGACCAGUUUAUGCUUCAAUAUUACUCUUUUAAAGCGGAAAAUAUAGCGAAACAACAAAAAUGCCGAGAACUUUGGCAAUACACGUGACGUCACAGAUUGCAACUAGGUUUAGAUUAGAAGUCAGGAAGUUUCCUACCCCAGUUCUUUACAAUCCAUGCUGUAACACAAGUCGACUACGACAACGUUAUUAAUAGAGUUUUGAAAUGUUAAGGCAGAGGUUUACUAGUCAAAGAAGUUUAACGACCAUAUGAACAUGAUGAAAGUUGAUAGUAUAAACAAAAUAGCAUGUAAUUCUAUACGUUAACGUAAAAAUGUAACGAAAACAGUAACGUAAACAUUGGUCAGAAAAGAAGCUAACGCGUUAUCGUUCUAUUUUAAGUCAAAAUGAGACUGGUAACUAGUUACUUUAAAAAGUGACAAUUACUUUAUACAGCACUGCGUGUUGGUUGCAGCUAUUAUUAAGCUUAUUGCUUACGGCUUACAGUCAUUACUGCAGCUUUUUUAUAAAUAUAGGCCAGUUAAUGUCUACCUACAACUCUACAAGGGAACCUUUUAUGGUAUGUUAUAAUAUUGUGUCUUUUUUCCGUUUAGGGUCAUCCGUUUAUGGAAAGUUUGCUAGAAAACAAGGCGUUAUUGUACAGUCUGGCUGCAUCAGCUGGAGCUAUAAUGAUGUUAACUACAGGAGUAUCCGUUGAUUUUUGUAGUCAGUUUGAAAUUGUAGCAAUGCCUGACAAG